AUGUUAGCAGAGGCUGAACAACAUGUUGCCACCAACCUGAACCUCUGGAGGACUACACUCUUUGGAGGGAAGCUGCCACAGGUUGACUUCCGAGGCGACGUCGCUAAGUUUAUUGCAGUCAGAUCACAGUGGGAUCGCUACAUUAGUAAGGAAGGAACACGCCUGCCCGUCGGCUGGGUCCCUCCAUCCACGAGACCUGCGUGAAUUUGUGCACAUUUUUGUUCUAAAACUACAGUAUUUGGAUGUUGAAAGUAAUCUAUUAUUUAUUUGCAUUUUAUAUAUGUGGCCUUAAUUGCAAAGCUUUUUUAUUAUAAAUGAAAUAAAGAAUGCAUUUACUAUUAA